UCCAAAAAUCAUCUUAAUUUCUUCCUCCCAAUUAUUCUCGGGUUAGUCAUGAGUGAAAGUAAUGAAAAGCUUUUCGCUACCAAAUUUAUGCUCUUGAAGCCCGAAAAAAUGGGUUUCUUUCAACUCUUUCAGGUCUUGUUUGGAAGAGACAUAGAAGAAAAAGACUUUGUUCAAUGCCUUGAGGUCAUUAUCGAGCCAAGGUCCUACCAAAAGUGGCUCCUAUUUUUGUCGCUUUUGGUACAAAAACUUCUUUACUCUACGGCUGAUAUAUUACAAUGUUUUGGCGAUAUCGUUGAGUCAUUUUUGAACCCGAAGGCUUCCUAUAACUACAAUGUCUUCAUGCUUGUAUUUAAUCGUAUCCAAGGUAAGCAGGUAGUGAAUAAAGAUUCUAUAAAUUAUUUGUCAAUGAUUGGUCAUAUGGACAAACGAGUGAGAUUGUUAGACAAGAGCAUCAAAUAUGAAGACCCCAACAAGUACAAUGUUGCUUUGUCUAUGAUGGCUUCUAAAGUAUCGUACGAGAAUAAAGCUUUCGUUCACGCUAUUGUCGUAGACCACUGGAAGAUGGAGCUCAUUGAUUGUCGUGACUACUGGAAUGACUAUCAAGAUAAAGCUACGACUCAGGCUUUCAUCAUGUUAGAGAAAGGUGAAGACCAUGAUACCUACGUUGUGGCUUUUAGAGGAACCGAACCCUUUGAUGCUGAUGCAUGGUCUACUGAUUUCGACAUCUCAUGGUUUGAGCUUCCUGAUAUCGGAAGAACCCAUGCUGGCUUCAUGAAAGCCUUAGGGUUACAACUAGAGUUAAAGAACAACGUUGUUGGUUGGCCUAAGCAAAUCGAAACCGAUGAGAAUCGUCCACGUGCCUAUUACUCCAUCAGGGAUUUGCUAAAGAAGCAUUUGAAAUUGAAAGGAAAUGAAAAUGCAAAGUUUACUUUGACGGGUCACAGUCUUGGUGGAGCUCUUGCCAUUCUCUUUCCCGCAAUACUAAUGCUGCAUGAAGAGACAUUUCUUUUGGAAAGACUUGAAGGGGUAUACACAUUUGGACAACCUAGAGUUGGAGAUGGAACAUUUGCCAAUUACAUGGAACAAAAUUUGAAACAUUAUUGUAUUAAGUAUUUAAGGUUUGUUUACGGCAACGAUAUUGUUACUAGGUUGCCCUUCGAUAAUAAUAUCAUGAAGUUCGACCACUUUGGGACAUGUCUUUAUUAUGAUAGGAGCUAUAAAGGCAAGAAAAUGGAAGACGAGCCGAAUAAGAACUACUUCUCGUGGAAAGAUAUGAUACCGAUGUGGGUGAAUGCUUUUAUGGAGCUUGUAAGGAGUUUCACCAUUGUGUAUAAAUAUGGACCUGAGUAUCAAGAAGGAUGGGUUAUAAGAUUUUACAGGCUUGUGGGCUUAAUAUUUCCUGGAAUACCAGCUCAUUGCCCCCAGGAUUAUGUUAAUGUUACCUGGUUGGGGCUUCCAUCAUAUUUGGAUUAAUUGGUAUAUGCACUCAUUUGAUGACCAGAGUCGUGAUUCACAAUUUGGAGAAUUGAGUUUUUAUCUUGUCAUUUAAUUGAAAUGUUUAAACAUUUUCUUAUAAUAAGAAUUGUC